UGUGUGAUCACAGACACCAGAGGAUGCCCGCCCAUCGCUCUGGAUCCCUGCCCAGCUUUGAACCUCUCCAAGUCCUCUGUAUCCUGUUCACAUGAUCUGGCAGCGUCCGUGCAUGACCGAGGUUGGACAAUGUUGCUGGCACGGAUAGAAAAGCCUUAUUUCCUCCUGUGUUUGGUGUUCUCUCAGCUGAUGUUUGUUUUGCUUUUUUACCGCCGCGGAGCCUCCAGCAUUUUCCAAGGAAUAUUCGGGUCCAACCCUGCCUGGGACUACUCCAGAACGCACGACGUGUACACCAACCUGAGCUUCUUCACGCCCGACCCUGAGGCUGUGAGGACCCUCUACUGCCCUGUGAGGUCUCCUAUUCUCGUUGGUCCGUUAUCCAUAACGUUCGGCAGAACUCCCAGCUUAAAGAAGAUCCAGCUGAGGAAUCGCUACGUGAAGCCCGGCGGUUAUUUCAGCCCUAAGCACUGCUACGGGCGAUACAGAACGGCGGUGAUCAUUCCGCACCGGAACCGGGAGUCCCACCUCCAGACGCUCCUCUACUACCUGCACCCCUUACUACAGCGCCAGCAGCUGCACUACGCCAUCUUCGUGGUCCAUCAGGCCGGGAACGCCACGUUUAAUCGGGCGAAGCUUCUGAAUAUCGGCGUCCGCGAGGCCCUGCGCUACGACACCUGGGACUGUCUGAUCCUCCACGACGUGGACCUGGUGCCCGAGAACGACUACAACCUCUACGUCUGCGACACCAGCCGCCCCAAACACAUGUCCAGCGCCAUGGACAAGUUCCAGUACAGCCUGCCCUAUUGGGCGUACUUUGGAGGAGUGUCUGCGGUGACUCCUGAUCAGUUCAUGAAGAUCAAUGGUUUCCCCAACACGUAUUGGGGCUGGGGAGGGGAAGAUGAUGACAUUGCAGACAGGAUUCGUUUGUCCGGUCUGAGCAUCACGAGGACGCCGCUGAGCCUCGGCCGCUAUAAAAUGAUCCCACAUGACCGGGAUAACGGAAACGAAGAAAACCUUCACAGGUACAAUCUUCUUAAGAACACCAGGAAAACCUGGAAAGAGGAUGGAAUGAACUCCUUGCACUUUACCCUACUUUCCCGGGAACAAACCGCACUUUAUACCAACAUUACGGUGGACAUUGGUGAAGCUCCACCGGCUCCGACAGAAGACAGCAGGUGGAAGUUCUUUUGAUUGUUACGGAAAACCUUACUGGAAUUGUUU